CUGGUAAAUAAAACUUCUAAGUUUGUUUUCAAUUCUUUUUAUUUGAAUACACAUUUUAACAUAAAUUAUCUAACCCAAACUACCUACCUAAUAAUACUUUUCCAAACAAAAUAGGAAAACUUAUUCCCAGAACUUAUAGGUACACUAAACAUACUGAUGAUCAUUAGAGGGAAAUGAGGAUAUUGCAAGAAAUGAAUCAUCAAGGGAGUGCCUCAAAUCUACCUACCCACUGUCUCCUUGAUAUAACUGAAGAAUAUUUUCUGUACAAUUGUAUCUUUUCUGUUAGAGAACAUUAUAGCCACUGGGAAUCCGUGGUUGAACUCAUCAAUAACCAUAACAGUAGUCAUCUCAAAAUCGUAUGCGUUCAGACCAUGCGUACCAUCAACUGUAAUUAUACUGGGAAAACUCUUAAGCAUCUGUCUUUGAAAUUUAUUCAUAACAAUCAGACAAAAGUCAUGUUUUUUUAGAACUCCUUGUUCAAUGCCUUGAGGUUUGUAAUACGGCCGUAUUCAUGAAGAAACUGCAAACAGCUCAGUUAACUAACCGGUUGUUAAAUGUUAACAAAGGGUUAGUAAUACUUGCUAUUCACCAACCGUUUUAAUCAAGCAGUUAACAAACCCUUGAUUAAAUUAAAAGUAACUAAAUUUAAGUUGGCAACACCAAUUUGUGCCUCACUUCAGUUUUGAUUUUUAGAACAAUAUAACCUAACUUUUACUCUGUUGUCUGUUUUGGUUUUGCGAAUUUUUAUAAAAAGUAUCAAAUUAUUAUUUAUUUGUGUAAUAAUUGUGAUUUGAGAAAGGGAUAAUACCUAUAAUAAAUAUGACGGAGGAGAAGAAACGAUCUUCAAAUUUUACACAGCGAGAGAAGGAUAUAUUGAUAUCAUUGGUUGAAAAGUAUAUUAACGUUUUAGAAUGUAAAAAAACGAAUGCAAUAUAUAAUAAACAAAAACACGAAUGCUGGGAGAAACUGGCAUGGGACUAUAAUGCCCUACAAACAAGUGGACAACGAACAGGAUCCCAAUUACGGACACUGUACGAGCAGAUGAAAAAAUUAGCUAAACAACAUAAGGCUGACAGUAAGGUAGAAAUUCUAAAAACUGGUGGAGGGGAGAAUACAAAGCACAAUAUCCUUUCUUCACAGGAUGAAAAAAUUUUAAGUCUUUUACAAGAAAAAUAUUUUUGUGUGGACAAUGUUCUGGAUUCAAACGUUCUUAAUGAAAAUAACUCAGAAACUGAAAACACAUUUUUUGCAACACCUUCAACAUCUAGGAAUUUUCAAUCUUGUGAUGAAAUCCUGAAGAAACCCUUGUCCUUAAAAACAAACAUAGGUCAACUGACAAAUAUUGAUAAUGACUUUACAUUUAAUGAAACCUCGGAUGAAACUAUAGAAAUUCUUUUAGAGGAAGAACCAAUGGAAGAACAAUCUCAAAGCUUAUUACAGUUUCAGCCAGGAAAGAAAUUUAAAAAAAAACAAGAACAAGAAAAUGUUAAAACUGAUGUCAAUAAAAAAGAAAAAAGUAAAGAGAAGAGUACUAAUAAAAAACCCAAUGGAGGAACCAUUUUGAAGCCUUCAGGUCUCUCGGCCAAAAAAUUUGAAGUAUAUGAAAAUAAAAUACAAGUUUUGCAUUUAGUGCAGAAAAAUGAAGAAGAAACGUUGAAAGGUAUAAAAAUGGAUAAUGAAAUAAAACAAAUAAUUAAAGAAAAAGAGGUCUUGGAUCUUAAAAUAAAAAAAAUUCAAUAUGAUAGACUUUUAGAAAACAAUUAUUAAGAAUGAAAAGUUUAUUUCUUUGAGUGCCAAGUCAAAGGCCUAGUACUUAGUUCUUGUUAUAGACUGUACUGAUUUAUUUGAAGUUAUACAUUUAUAGUAGAUCUAGGGUAUUUAUUUAAAGUUUAGUUUUUGAGUUCCUCUUAUUAUUUUUAAUGAUAGAAAUAAAAUACUCUAAUGUUCAAAACAAAAAUUGUGGUUAAUUUUUGGCCCAUUUUUGGUUCGUGUUUUUUUCAUUAUGGUUCCUGUUCCUUAG